AUGUUGCUGCAGUUUUUCUACUAUGAACACCAGAUGACAGUCAACACUGGUUCUAAACAUACUCAGGCAGCGAGGAGCAGGGAGAGUCUGUGUUUAAUGCUUGAAGAUGUACCGGAGGACCAGUCCCACAGGCAGCUGUUCGCCUUAGAGCUGGGCCCUGAAACUGGGCGGCAUGUCAUACGUUUUACCCAGAAGAUGUCCUUUGUUACCUGGCAGCUAUCAGACAUCACAGCGUCGUCUCAGGUCAGUAUUAAGAAAUACAUUGCUGCAACCCAUGCACAGAAUGUGCUUCAGCCUGUCCACCUGGAUGCCAACGAACAAUAUAAACUUUUUCCAGGUGUAUGCGAUCACGAUGGCACCAUUGCACCACGUUGUAAUGAACACCUGGAUGCAGAGCUUCGACAAAUGAAUCCAUAGUGGGGUCUUCCAGACAUCGAUGUGCUGAGACAGCUGGCCGAUGGGAGCGGGAUGCGCAUGAUUGAGAUGGCAGAAUACUACAAAUGCCUCAUCUUCAGAAAACUUUGGGAAGCCAAAGUGCACAAAGAAAAGCUCAUUUUCUUUUGGAAUGCACAAUAAUUAGUUUUAUGUCAAAGUACAUUUCAUCUUAUCACUUAUCAAUGUCAUGUUAUGGCCCUCUGAAACAUGAAUUUAGGUAGCAUGGAACACUUUAUUUACAUGAAUAAAUGUUCUCAUACCCA